GCGGUUAAGAGGGAUCAAUCAAUUACACAACCGCAGAAAUGGUUGUUGCAACUAUCAAGUACGAGCCCUUCCCCCACUAUCUAUCUGCAUCUGCCUAGACCUGUGCGCUCUUCUUCGCCGCGGCAUUCAAGAAUUGAGGGGUUCACAUCGCUAACAGUGCGCGCGAUUAGGUGUGUGGUCGUCGGCGAUGGUGCUGUUGGAAAGACAUGUCUGUUAAUUUCCUACACUACGAACAAGUUCCCCAGCGAAUAUGUUCCUACGGUGUUUGACAAUUACGCUGUUACUGUAAUGAUCGGCGAUGAACCAUACACCUUGGGACUAUUCGAUACCGCAGGACAAGAAGAUUACGAUCGUCUCCGACCCCUCUCCUACCCCCAGACCGAUGUCUUCCUCGUCUGCUUCUCCGUCACCUCCCCCGCCUCAUUCGAGAACGUACGAGAGAAGUGGUUCCCCGAAGUUCACCAUCACUGCCCCGGCGUCCCCUGCCUGAUCGUUGGCACCCAGACGGAUUUAAGAGAUGACCCCAGUGUUCGGGAUAAGCUGGGUAAGCAAAAGAUGACACCAGUCCGCAAGGAGGACGGCGAGAGAAUGGCCAAGGAAUUGGGUGCCGUGAAGUAUGUCGAAUGCAGUGCUUUGACACAGUACAAACUAAAGGAUGUCUUUGAUGAGGUGAGCUGCGCCCCUUCCCUACUUUUGGACCCCUACUUACAAGAUCUUCCCAAACAGGCAAUCGUUGCAGCUCUUGAACCUCCCCAGACAAAG